AACAGUGUCGUUGGCAGUACUGCUCGGCAAACAAAUUACUCGUAAUUGAAUAAAUCAUUAGUGAAUUAUUGGCUGAAUGACAGAGAUAGAGUGACUCCAUUCGAAUCGUUACGCAAUACGCUGUUGUCUCGACAUAAGGGUGAAAAGUAAAGGAUUUCAUAUUGCCGACACGGAAUAUCGGUAAGGUGGUAAGCAGAGACAAGUCAUAUUGACUAUCAAAAUCUUGAAUCGGUCAAUUCCGGAUAUAAUAGCCCCCAUGACGCAGAUUAGUAUUUUCGCUACGUGUUUGUCCCGCUUCAUUCAGCCAUCGUCUGUCGCCCGGUUCGCUCGUUCUUUUCAUCUAUCGACAAUUAACAAUAUGGUUAUCGCUGUUGGUGAUAAACUUCCUUCGGUCGACCUCUUCGAGGACACGCCGGCAAACAAGGUCAAUCUUGCCCAACACGCAGCCGGGAAAAAAAUCAUUAUAUUCGCUGUUCCUGGAGCUUUUACUCCCGGAUGCUCGAAGACCCAUCUUCCGGGAUACAUCCAAAAGGCUCCUGAGCUGAAAGCACAGGGUGUUCAUGACAUUUUCUGCAUCGGUGUCAACGAUCCGUUCGUUAUGUCAGCUUGGGGUAAAGAACACAGUGUUGAAGGCAAGGUGCGUAUGCUCGCCGACCCAACAGGUGCAUUCACAGAUGCCCUCGAAUUGUCAGUUGAUCUCCCAGUGCUUGGGGGUAAACGCAGCAAACGUUACUCUAUGGUUGUUGAGGAUGGUGUGGUCAAAGAACUUAAUGUCGAGCCAGACAAUACUGGGCUCUCCUGUUCCCUGGCUGAUCGCAUACGUUCCUAAACACAUCUACAAAACUGAUUGUUAGUUACUCCAGACGCUACUUCUAUGCCAAUAUUGGCAAUAUUCCUUAUCUAUAUCUACUAUCCGUACUUCAUGGGAGAAGAUGGCACAUGGGCUCAUAAUGAAUAUGGAGUUUUUCAGUCAUUUUCACUUUGAUCGUCUUUGUUUUUUCUACAGUCAAGUCUACUUUGCUUGAAUUUCAUUUCAAGGCAGAGAUCAGAGAUACAGGCUAGACUUCUUAUGAAAAAUGGCUCCUAAAACUCUUCAUUCAUUGCCGUUCAGCUUUUUCUCUCCAUUUUUCGUAGUCUGCUACAAUGUAUGGUGAACUUGUGGCAUUACAUAAAACUGGUCCAAGAAUGAUUUAAUUUGUUGCUAGAGCAGUAGUUUGUUCGUUUGAAGCGAUUUGAGUUUUAACCGACGUUGUUGAAGAAAAACAUUAUAGAAAGAACACAGUUAUUAUAAUGACCAUUCGAAAUUAUCAUGCAUACACAAUUAUUUGCCUUAUGUUGUGAUGACAGUCUGGUAAAUAAAUAUAAUGCGUUGUAUAUAAUAUUA